AUGCGCCUAGAGUCAGAGGCAGAGGAAGAAGACCAGGUCCAGACACAGAUUUCAGAUGAGGAGGAGGCGGAUAUCGUUGUCGGUGAUGAACCAGAAGGAGAUGCCAACGCCGCCGCCGACGACACCAACGUCGACACCGAUGCGACUACCGAUGAAGUUGUACCCAUACCCUGGAAAGAAAUCCAAGAGUAUUCUGUCAUGUUCGAUCUAAGCCUCAUCGACAGCGAAGAUGGGUGCAGCAGUGACGAGGACUAUACUGAAGACCUUGCCGAUACAGAACUAACUUGCGCAGGCGGGAGGUUCAGAACUACAACCGAAAGUUCACUCAUGCGCAACAUCGAUGUGGUUUUCCGGGUACCCAUCGGGGAAGGCUUCGAGUUCAAAGAGCUGGACGAAUUUCCGAUCGCAUUCGUCAAGGAGAUGACACGCAAAUUCAACAAAGAUUUCCUCAGGAAGCCGAGGCACAGGACGCAGUAUCGGAAGAUGAUGAAUGAAGUGAACGAUGCGGACACCUGUGUAUUCAGUCUACUCGACGCACCUCACCCGCCCGAACCAGAGGAACCUAAAUCAGCGCUGGUUCUGGGUUCCAGGGAGUGGUAUCAAGAACAGUAUGAUAUUGCUGAGCGUGGUGGAGACCAACAAGAAAAGCCUAGGGAGAUCUAUUCGACGAGGGCUUGCCCCUGUUGCUACGAGGAGAAGAGGCUGUGCGCUAGAUUCAUAAGAUCGGACAAGCUCGAGCCCAGGCUGGUGAUUUAUCCGUUGGGGGUGGCAGAGAUAAAUGGCGGGGAUUGGCAGUCUAUGGGAUUCUGGGUACGCAGAUUGCCCUUGGUUUGGCGAGAUGGACAAAUGUCGAGCUGA